AUUCACUAUAUCUGGUCUCCCACAGUACACAGAACAUGGAAGUGCAAUUAUGUUAGUAAAUAUAAACUACUAAAUACAUUUUCUCAUCAGCAGUUAGAGCAGUCGUGUGACUUCAGCAGAGCACUGGUUAAAGCUUGUAGGAGGGUUUUUCUUUCUGCUCCAGGAGCAUGCAAAACCCCUGACCUCUGUCUGGUUAGUGCUAAUUGGCCCUGUACUGGUCACAUGCAUUCUCUCAAGAAAAAAAACUAUCUCUCUAGCAAUACACACUAAACUGAGCAUGUACAUGUGGCUACAGGUUCAGUCUGUCUUAUCAGGAGAUAAGAUGGUGGACAUUUGAAUAAGAGGAGGGCAGAGAAGUCAGGAUCAAACAUCCUUUUUACACAAUGCAGAGGAUUAACCCCUUAGGUUCCACAGUGAGUAUAACAAGCAUGCUUCAAUGCAUACAUAAACUGAUUUUACUGUUGUGGGUUUAG